UGUGUAUAAUAUAUAGGUUCACCUUCUCAUCUCCCUCUCCGCUGCUCCACCGGCGAGACCCGAGCCGUACUCUUCCCUCCUCUCUCAGCCCCUCCACUGCCCAGAACCGUCUGUAACUGCCACCGCCGCCGUUUGGCUAUGGCCGGUGGACCACCGAACAACCAAAAUAUAUCUCUUCUGCCAAACCACUAAAGAGACCACCGCCUUUCUCAUCUCUUCCUCCUCUUCUCUCCCUCCGUCCUUUCUCUCUCAUAUCCAUCUCUGAGACAGCGGCUGAUCCACCGCCGUCUAUGUCGGCGUGACCACCGCUUCUGUUUGAUGUCCGCAACGGCGUGAACACCGCCCCACAGUGACAACGACAACCACCGUGGUCAAGUCCAAAUCGAUCAGGCAUUUCCAGAUUAUCAUAUGCGAGCCCCUACAAUCUUACAUGAACUUCAAAGGACAGAUUUCCAUAGCUUCUGUUUGCAUUUGGUUAUGACUACUCUAUCAUCGCCCAAUAGUUCAACUGUUUCACCUUCUCGAGGGACAAUUUCUCCAGCAGCCUUUGGGACAUAUGAAUCUCCCAUGCCUGGGGACUCUCAUUCUGGCCAUUCUGAACUGGCGAUCAGUGAUAAUGAUGAAACAGAGCUACACUUUGUAUCAUGGAAUCAGGAUUACAGUUGCUUUGCUGCUGGCACAAGUCGUGGCUUUCGUGUGUAUAACUGUGAUCCUUUCAAAGAGACUUUCAGACGCGAUCUGAAAAGUGGUGGAUUUGGAAUAGUGGAGAUGCUGUUCCGAUGCAAUAUUUUAGCACUUGUGGGUGCCAAGGCCAACACUCAAUACCCACCUAAUAAAGUUAUUAUAUGGGAUGAUCAUCAAAGCCGGUGCAUAGGUGAAUUUUCAUUUAGGUCUGAGGUUCGUGCAGUGAAACUAAGACGGGAUUGUAUUGUUGUAGUUCUUGAGCACAAGAUAUAUGUCUACAACUUUAUGGAUCUGAAGCUUCUUCAUCAGAUAGAGACUGUGGCCAAUCCUAGGGGACUUUGCUGCCUCUCGCACCAGUUAAAUACAUCUGUAUUGGCUUUCCCAGGCCUUCGAAGAGGACAGAUCCGGGUUGAACAUUUUGGCCUGAAUAUGACAAAGUUAAUCAAGGCACAUGAUUCUCAGAUAGCAUGCCUAACCUUGACAAUUGAUGGGCUGCUUCUUGCAACAGCAAGCACUCGGGGAACUUUGAUAAGACUCUUCAACACCAUUGAUGGGACUCAGUUGCAAGAGGUGCGUAGAGGGGUUGACAGAGCGGAUAUCUGUAGUAUUGCUCUAUCACCAAAUGUUCAGUGGUUGGUCGUCUCAAGCGACAAAGGUACUAUCCAUGUAUACAGCCUUAGAGUACGUAUUGUUGGGGAGGAUGCUUCAGCUGAUGCAGCUGUUAGAACUCCAACGUUGUUGUGUCAGAAUUCAUCAGCUUCUCUUGAUGCACUUAUUUCUCCAAGUACUGGAGCCAACCCUGGUUCAUCACUGUCUUUCAUGAAAGGAGUUUUGCCAAAAUACUUUAGCUCUGAAUGGUCAUUUGCUCAAUUUCACUUGCCAGAAUGUACCCAGUACAUUGCUGCGUUUGGUUCUCAGAACACCAUUAUAACUGCUGGCACUGAUGGAAGUUUCUAUAGGUGCAGCUUCGAUCCUGUGAAUGGAGGAGAGAUGGUACAGCAGGAAUAUGUCCGCUUUCUGAAAACAGAAAGUAGGCCGAGAUAGUUCUGUUCCAAAAGAAGUACUUUCCUUGUAAAUAAAUCUGAUGUUUUAUCUAUUGUGAAAAGAAGGGAAACAAACACCAGUUGAUAAGCUGUGUUUGCUGACUAAUGUGUAUAUAAUGGCUCUCUAUAAAGUGUUCAGAUUAUCCCGUAUUUUUUAUACUAAUGUACUUAGAUUAUCCCGUGUUUUUUAUACUAAUGUACUUUAUUCUGUACUAAUACUUGGAAUGAUGCGUCAUCAUCACUGUAUAUUAAUAAUUGCUUCA